AUGGGUAACUGCUGGGCCUUUUGUGUACGACUUUUCAGAAGGGAGGCGAACAGGAUUCAAAGAGGAGGCGGGUCCAAAUACUUUCGCAGCAGCACCACUGGAGAACAUUAUACAAUAGAGUUUGAAAAUCUUGUAGAAAGUGAUGAGGAACAAAGUCCUCAACCUUGCCCAAGGCCCAUCAGUGAGGAUGAACUGAAGAACCUUCGGGAGCAUCGAUAUGCUGACAUCUCCAACAAGCAGGUUCUAAUCGACCAAAAGCUCCAAGCGGAGUUAGAGGCACAAGAGGAGAGGUUGAGGCUAGAAGAGGAGGCUAGAAAUGCUGCCCAGCGGGAGGCCGCCAGGUUGGCACGUGAACGAAAAGUCAAGGAGCACUUGGCCCAGAGAACGAGAGGGAAAGCAGAUGGGUGCGGCAGUGAACCUCAACUGAGAAAGCAACCCGGGGAUGGUUUCGACCCCUCCCUCCAGAAUGUCAAAGCCCAGUCGGAGGCUUUCAGAAGCAAUAGACUUCCCUCAGACACAAAUGCGGUGACGCCUAACACCGAAUGCAGCUGGGACUUCACCACCAAGACGCGCUCCACCAAUGAUGACGCCACUUCACUGGAUCUUGAGUGGGAGGAUGAGGAGGGAAUUAACCGAGCACUUCCAGCCUGGGAGAGGUCUCGGACAGAAGAGGACAUCCUGCGUGCCGCCUUGAGGCCUGGCGGGAAGCAAGCACACAGCGGCCCCACCUCGACCUCAGAGGACUCAAACGCGCUAGAGUGGGAGAAUGAUUUUGUGAGUACCCACCCUGAGGACGGUGCAGACCCGGAAUUUGAGGGUUUUGUAAAUCCAGUGCUUGACACACCCUCAGAAGACGCAUCGGACCAUGGCCAGGACAGAUAG